GUAGUUAGUUCCGUGUGUACACCUGCAACACUGAUGAAUUUUUCAAUGAUUGUUAUUAAUGUAUGUGUUUAAAACUUUACAGGAAUCAUGGGUGAUGGCCCUGAGGAACAAGUUCCAACAACACAAGAAAAAAAGCUGCAAAACUGCUCGGAGGAAAUGCUAAUUCGAAAGAAACGCUGUCUGCCAAAGCAAAUGCAGGCACCAUCUGAAGAAGUGGCAAACAACAAAUUGUGCCGUCUUUUUGACUGCAGCCAUCUCACUACAUAUGGAGAAACCGUUGAGUCCUUGCAAAUUCAUAACGAAAGGCUCCAGAAUAAUGCAGCCUGCCACGAUAAAGCAACAGGAAGGCCAAGGUUGCGGGCAACAGCACUGGACAGGCAUAAAGAGCUUCGCAGCCUCACCCUGUCGGAUGCUCUUUUACUGUUUCCAUUUCUUGGAACUGAGGCAUUGGAACAAGCCCUGCUCACACCUUGCCUUGUGGAGAAAGAAGGACUUACUCUACACAUUGACGGGGAGCCCGUUUUGAGUGUGCCAUCACUUCUUGCAGGAAUGGCGUGCCUGUUUCCAUCGUUUUGGGUAUUCCAUGUGGAAUACCCAAAAAAAGGCACACAAAAUGCUCACAUUCCUUGAGCACGCGUUCCUACACCUUUCACACAUGAAGCCGAAUGUCAAAGCUCUGGAACUUAUAAAUUUUUUUUAAUGAGUAACAUUAAUUUAGUUUCACAAUUUUCUUCAAGUACAUUGUGCAAGCUGGCAUUUUGGACUUCUGUGCCUUGAGAAGAGGUGAAAAAAAAAAUAUGACAGACAAAUGUUAAUAUUGCAUUUUUUUGUGCAAGGUUUUUUUUUCUUAAACCUUGGCCAUGUGUCGCAUGUGGAAUACGGCGUGCACUUGUACAACCAAUGUGUACAUUUUUUUAUUGCAAACAAGUUCUGCGGUAUCCCGCAAGGUGGAGGAAAGAUUAAGAAAGGGAAAAUAGACAACCACCUGUUUGUAGCAUGAAGUCACAAGAAAAUUCAUGCAGCUUUCUUGGGGAAAAAAAAGCUUCUUCGUUGCCGAAAAAUU